UGGGAUUUCACGCCUCAAAUUAAUUUAAAUUUGUCCCAUUGACAAUAUUAACCAUAUUGAGUGUGCGUCAGACCAUGGAGUUUCAAAUAUUUUUGAUGGUCAUCGCCGUAGUCAGUGUUGAGACUAAUAACGAAAGUUGUAAAGAAAUGUUGCAAGGCUAUCUGACGGGGCAACUGUCGUCUGCUUUAGGAGCAUACCAAGUAGAGGCUUUGAGGCGGGAAUUCGAAAGCUUUUCUAAUGAUGUUAAGAAAACCUUAAAGGAAGUUAAAGAAAAACAAGUGGCUGAUACUCAAUUGAGUCAGGAAAAACGAAACAGCAGUAUCGUUUACACAAGAUGGGGGAAAGAUUCAUGUCCUUCCAAUGCUGAACAAGUUCUUUCGGGUUACGUCGGAGGAUCAUGGUAUCUACACACUGGGGCAGCUGUAAAUCCUCUUUGCCUACCAAAGAAUCCAGAGUGGGGAAUUUACAACGAUGGAACUGAUGGAAGCAAAGCGUACAUAUAUGGUGGAGAGUACCAGACGAAUUCAGUCCCAUCCUACAUGAAGACUCUUCAUCAGCACGAUGUCCCUUGUGCCGUUAUUUUGGUUCGAAAACGAUCCAUUGUGCAAAUGUUUCCAGCAAGAAAAACGUGCUACGUGGGAUGGGAGUUAGAGUAUAAUGGGUACCUCAUGGCUGGCUAUCAUGGGUACAAGGCUGGAUCAACCUACACCUGUGUUGACGAGCAUCCAGACACUGUACCUGGAGGCCAAGCCGAUACAAAUGGCUACCUAUAUUAUCCCGUGGAGGCUAGAUGUGGUGCCCUGAAGUGCCCACCUUACGUCGAAGGACGAGAAAUCGUCUGUGUUGUCUGUUCUAAAGAAUAAAUUAAUUACGUUUUCAUUCAAAAUAUUAAAUGUUGUUUAUAAUUUGAAGUCUUACUGAAUCCUAUUUAAGAUAUUUUCCUAUUUUGUUAAGAAUGUUAGUAAUUAUACCCCUUU